AUGUCCCGUGAUCUACAGAAUCAUUUAUUGUUCGAGACCGCAACUGAGGUUGCUAAUAGGGUCGGUGGUAUUUACUCCGUGCUAAAAUCAAAGGCCCCCAUUACUGUCGCCCAGUACAAGGACAAUUACCAUUUAAUAGGGCCCUUGAAUAAGGCCACUUACCAAAAUGAGGUUGAUAUACUGGAUUGGAAGAAACCUGAAGCCUUUUCCGAGGAUUUGAAGCCUAUUCAACAUGCUUUGCAAACGAUGGAAUCUAGAGGUGUUCAUUUUGUUUAUGGGAGAUGGUUAAUUGAAGGCGCUCCAAGAGUGAUUCUUUUUGAUUUGGACUCUGUGAGAGGCUUUUCGGACGAGUGGAAGGGCGAUUUAUGGUCAUUGGUAGGAAUUCCCUCUCCCGAGAAUGAUUUCGAGACGAAUGAUGCCAUCUUAUUGGGCUACACGGUGGCUUGGUUCCUAGGUGAAUUGGCUCACUUGGAUUCUCAACAUGCCAUUGUUGCACAUUUCCAUGAAUGGUUGGCCGGUGUCGCGAUACCCUUGUGCCGGAAAAGACGUAUUGAUGUAGUUACGAUUUUCACUACCCACGCUACUUUAUUGGGAAGGUAUCUAUGUGCCUCUGGUAGUUUCGAUUUUUACAAUUGCUUAGAAACCGUUGACGUCGAUCAUGAAGCUGGAAAAUUUGGUAUUUACCAUCGUUACUGUAUAGAAAGAGCCGCUGCUCAUUCCGCCGACGUUUUCACCACAGUGUCACAAAUUACCGCUUUUGAAGCAGAACAUCUUUUGAAAAGAAAACCAGAUGGGAUCUUGCCUAACGGGCUGAACGUAAUCAAAUUCCAAGCAUUCCAUGAGUUCCAGAAUUUGCAUGCUUUGAAAAAGGAGAAAAUCAACGACUUUGUUAGAGGCCACUUUCACGGCUGUUUUGAUUUCGACUUGGACAAUACCUUGUACUUCUUUAUCGCUGGUAGAUAUGAGUAUAAAAAUAAGGGUGCUGACAUGUUUAUUGAAGCUCUAGCUCGUUUAAACUAUAGACUGAAAGUAUCUGGCUCUAAGAAAACCGUUGUGGCGUUUAUUGUCAUGCCUGCCAAGAACAAUUCAUUUACAGUGGAGGCAUUAAAAGGCCAAGCAGAAGUGAAAGCCUUAGAAAACACUGUAGAUGAAGUGACCGCCUCAAUUGGUAAGCGGAUAUUUGACCACGCCAUCAGGUACCCACACAAUGGGUUGACUUCCGAAUUGCCAACAGAUUUAGGCGAAUUGCUGAAGAGUUCUGAUAAAGUCAUGUUAAAAAGACGUAUUCUAGCUUUAAGAAGACCUGCGGGAGAAUUACCUCCAAUAGUGACACACAACAUGAUUGACGAUGCUAAUGAUUUGAUUUUGAAUAAAAUCAGACAUGUUCAAUUAUUCAACAGUCCAAGUGACCGUGUCAAAAUGAUUUUCCAUCCAGAAUUUUUGAACGCAAAUAAUCCAAUUCUUGGUUUAGACUAUGACGAAUUCGUUCGUGGUUGCCAUUUGGGUGUCUUCCCUUCAUACUAUGAACCUUGGGGAUACACCCCAGCAGAAUGUACCGUAAUGGGUGUUCCUUCUAUCACAACGAACGUCUCUGGGUUUGGGGCUUAUAUGGAAGACUUAAUCGAGACCAACCAAGCUAAAGAUUAUGGUAUUUAUAUUGUAGAUCGUCGCUUUAAAGGGCCAGAUGAAUCUGUGGAACAACUGGUUGAUUAUAUGGAAGAGUUCGUGAAAAAGACAAGAAGGCAAAGAAUAAAUCAAAGAAACAGAACCGAAAGACUAUCUGACUUGUUGGACUGGAAAAGAAUGGGGCUCGAAUACGUAAAGGCAAGGCAAUUGGCAUUAAGGAGAGCAUACCCUGAUCAAUUCAAAGAAUUGGUUGGGGAAGAACUCAAUGAUUCUAACAUGGACUCUUUAGCAGGGGGUAAGAAACUAAAAGUCGCAAGGCCGCUAAGUGUACCAGGCUCGCCAAGAGAUUUGAGAUCAAAUAGUACAGUUUACAUGACUCCUGGUGAUUUAGGGACCUUACAAGAGGCUAAUAAUGCGGACGAUUAUUUCUCUUUGGGCGUGAAUCCUGCAGCCGAUGAUGAUGACGAUGGCCCAUAUGCCGAUGAUAGUUAA